AUGAUCAAAGCCAAAGACCAGAACCGAACUGUAGAUACAAGACUUUCAAGUUUCAUCACAGCAUUACCAAAAGCCGAAUAUAUAAAUCCAUUAGCUUUCCCUUCAUGGGAACACAAGGAAUCGAGAGCAGAAGCCGAGAUACGUGUAGCUGGCCCGAUGGGCAGAACAAAGGCCCAAGCAGCUGACGACUUCAAGGCCUUCCAUCCUAAGAUCCCAAGGAGUGAUAUACAGAUCUUCUCGGAUGGUUCAAAAAGCGAAAGCAAGGACGGCGCCACCGGAGGUGGCUUUGUAAUCACACAAUUUGAUAUCCAAGUGGCCCAAUACUCCUUCUCACUUGGCACAAAUGCAGAGGUAUUCGACGCGGAAGCUAUGGCUGCAGUAACGGGGGCAGCAAAGGCCCUAGCGCUUCCAUCAAUCAAACUUGCUACAGACCUAUGGAUCUUCUUGGAUAACUACGAAGUAGCCCUAAGAUUAGGCUCCCACUUCAAUGGCUCGUCUCAGGCGGUCUUCGAAGAUUUCCUGAAGCUCAAACAGGCCUGGGCCGCUAGACCGAGGCUCUCACAUAUCCCCCCUGGUAAAAUACGCAUACACUGGGUCCCAGGGCAUCUCAACAUUCCAGGCAACGAAAUGGCCGACAAAGCAGCCAAGGAAGGGGCAAAACUCCCCCCACCCCCCAACCCGGCCUGCACGUUAGCCUCCCUCAAAAGACUAAUCAGAUCAAAGACCAAUAAAGCGGAUAACCAAUUGUGGAACACAGUCAGCCCUCAGUAUUACAAAGAUCUGCAAUAUAAGCACACUUCCAAUACAAUUACUCUCUCCUUAAAAAGAGCUACACUUCACUACAUUCUUGCAGCCAGAUCACAGCAUGGAGACUUUGCGGCAUAUCACGAACGCUUCAACCACACUACAGCUCACACUCUCUGCUCAUGCGGUAAAAGGAAAACCCCGUUACACUUCUUCUUCUGCAAGAAAGGCAAAGCUUACAAAACACUUACGAAAAGCCCACCAUCUGAAGCCAUCCCCUGGCUUCUAGGCAUCCCCACAGGUGGUCUCGCACUAGCCAAAUGGCUUGAAUCCACCAAAUUCUACACAGAUAUCUGCCCACAGCUUGUAUCUGCAGCUUAA